AUGACGAUUCACCAUAUAAUCUUAUACAGGUUCAAGCCUGAGGCAACCCAAGAACAACGACAGAGUGUGGAAGACUCUGCCCGUUCCCUUGCAUCCCAGAUACCUGCAAUCCAGGGCAUCGUUGCUGGAAAAACAGUGUACAAUCCCCUUGGACAUGGCUUUGAUAUCGGUACAGCAUCUCUCAUCGUAUCUACAACCCGGAUGAUUAAUAAGACUGCUUUAGGGGUUAUUUUUCUAUUCGAGAGCGCGGUCAAAUUGGACGAGUAUCGCCCACACAAGGCGCAUAUUGAUUAUCAGGCGUUCACAGCACCUUAUCUCGAAGACAAACUCAUCUUUGAUAUCGAGACAGCUUAG